ACUACAGAGCUCCGGGUCCUGGACAGAAGCGGCUUGCGUUGACAGUUGGUUGGUACUGAGCGAAGUACGGCGGCACAAAUAUCGGCCGUCUGCGUGUUUUUCUUCCAGCGGUUUAACCUUUCCAAAAGUUGACAUCUACAAGUAUGCAGUCCGAAUCGGGAAUAGUUCCCGACUUCGAGGUUGGAGAGGAUUUCCAAGAGGAGCCUAAAACGUAUUACGAACUGAAGAGUCAGCCCUUGAAAAACAGCAGCCCGUCGGACCAGCACAACUCCUCCAAGCCCCCGCUGAGCUCCUCGGCCAUGACAUCACGCAUCCUGCUGCGGCAACAGCUGAUGCGGGAGCAGCUCCAGGAGCAGGAGCGGCGAGAGCAGCAGAGGCAGCAGGCCUCCCAGUACCCACAAACCACAGCAACUCAGACCCCUGCCAUCAAUGUCAGCGUGCCGGUCACUUUACCGCCUGCUGCACAGGUGCCAAUGGAGGUGCUGAAGGUCCAGACUCACCUGGAGAACCCGACCAAAUAUCACAUCCAGCGCUCUCAGCAGCAGCAGGUGAAGCGUUACCUGGGAAAGUUAGGUUCUCAGGCGUUGAGCUUGCCCUGCCACAACCAGUCCUCUGACCACGGGGGCAUGCCGCCAGGGCCGGGCAACAGCGCCCCCAACAGCCCUAUGGCCUUACUGACCCUCAACUCUAACUGCGAGAAAGAGAUGGAUGAUGUCAUUGAUGACAUUAUUAGUCUGGAGUCCAGUUACAGUGACGACAUCCUCGGCCUGAUGGACCCAGCACUACAGAUGGCAAACACGAUCCCCGUGCCUGCAAACCUCAUGGACAUGUAUGGUAAUCAGGGUAUGUCCCAGCAAGGUCUUCCCAUCAGCAACUCCUGCCCUGCCAACCUGCCCAACAUCAAAAGGGAAUACUCUGUGUCACAAUCCCCGGCCAUCAUGCAUAUGCUGGAUAAGUCUGGAUCCUGUGGCAAAUUUGACAACUAUCAAAGGCCUGAAGGGUUCCCCGUGGCAGAAGUACGGGCUAUGGCAAAGGAAAGGCAGAAGAAAGACAACCACAAUUUGAUUGAGAGACGACGGCGGUUUAACAUCAAUGAUAGAAUCAAGGAGUUGGGAACUUUAAUUCCAAAAUCAAAUGACCCAGACAUGCGCUGGAACAAAGGAACCAUCCUGAAGGCAUCUGUGGACUAUAUCAGGAAGCUGCAGCGGGAACAGCAGAGGGCCAAGGAGCUGGAGAAUCGGCAGAAGAAGCUAGAGCAUGCCAACCGACAUCUCAUGUUGAGGAUACAGGAAUUGGAGAUGCAGGCACGGGCUCACGGUCUGGCCAUCUCAUCGUCAGCGCUCUGCUCAGCUGAACUCGGGCCUCGAAGCAUCAAGCAGGAACCUGCUCUGGAAGACUGUCACCAGGACCUGUACACACUCCACCCUCAUCACCAACACCACCCCGCCUGCAUUCCUGAAACCCCUGGCACUCUGGAGCUAAACGAAGGCCACUCUAACUUCUCCGAAGGCCACUACAGCACUCACGGCAAGCCGGGCUCCAAACUCAACGACAUCCUCAUGGAAGACACCUUAUCGCCGGUGAGAGGAGGGGACCCUUUGCUCUCCUCCGUGUCCCCAGACGCCUCAAAGGACAGCAGUCGCAAAAGCAGCGUAAGCAUGGAUGAGAAUGAGCAGGGCUGUUAGCACCCCCUAUUGGAAGACGCCUCGCCAGCAUCUUCCACCCCAUCCUUCCCGUCGACAUACCCUCUGCUGCUGGAGAGGCUUUCUUCUAUUUGUCGUCCUUACUUUCUUUUUUUUUUCUCCCCCACCCGUGUUUACAUGUAUUAAGUCUUUUCUUAUUCUUGUUUUUUUUUUUUUAUGCCUUUUCAAGCCCUCAACCCUGAUUUGAAGGACUGAUUUUAAAGUGUUUGCUUUAAUCAAUACUUUGAUGACAAUGAGUUACACAAAUAGAAGUUUUUAUAUUUAAAAAAAUAUAUAUAUAUGCAUUUAUCUUUGGAUAGAGACUAGAUUAUGUUUUUUUUCUAUUGAUUCCAAAGAAUCUAGGGAAAUUAUAAAUCAUGGUCAGAAAUGUAGAUAUCUUGUGGUGAACACUGAUUUUUAAAUCACUAGCAAUAAUAGAAGACAAAACUCUAUUUAUUACUAUAGUGCUUUACACUCUUUGUGUCUUAGAUUGAACUUGAAUGUGCCAAUGCCUUAUUAAGAUGUGUAUACAUCGUCGUCGUUUUGCUAUGCACAUGGUUUGGCUGUUAGCUGCGUCUUUGUCAGUCUUCCAGUUGAAAUUUCUCGCUUGACAAACAUUAAUCAUUUGUAGAUUUGAUCUUAUUUAUGUACCUAUGUUAACAGUACUUUGUGUACACAUUCCCCUUAAAGAUUAAUUUAUAACAAGGAAUUUAAAAGAGCCCGACCCAAUGAAUAAAAGCACAUUUUAAAAAUAUAUAAAUCUAAAAGCCAAAAUGUCUACUUCUAGAUAAUUCAAAUUAACCCACUCCUCACUGGUAGUGAUUAGUCUUUUAUUUAGUGCCCUAAUCAGAAACACUCCAGUAAUAACACAGUAACUACCUAUUACUGAUUGAUCCAGAUAUGUUAUCAAUACAUUCCUUACUGCCAAAGCUACAGAAAUACUUAAAGAAUUAAGUCUCAAAACUAGCUGAAUCUUAUUUCAGAAUUUUAAAAGUCACUCGAUAGAUCUGAAUAUAGUCUUGUUUAAUAAAUCUUAGUUCUUCGAUUAAUAUAAGAAAGAUUAAUCUGUUUUAUUCUUCUCUGUAGUGAUCAGACAGACGGAAGCACUUCAGACAUGCUGAUCUCGGUUACCUAAAUUAUUUUUUUAUACCCAUUCAUUGAUCUUUCAUGUUCAUUUCUUUUGUCCCAUUAUGUGAACAUUUAUAUUGCCAAGGAGUAUAAGGAGACUGCUUUUGGAUUUUGUAUGAAAUGCAUGACAUUGUCAAAACACUGGAACGACUUCUAAAGUAAAACUGAAAUGUGGUUUAUUCGCUUUUUUUGUUUCGUUUCGUUUUACCUAAGCAUAAACUAACUAUUGUAUUUGGCUUGUCAAAUGCGUACACACUAUUGUAUGAGACCGUAGAUACUUUAUGGUUGUUGUAUAUUUCUGCAGUUUUGUUUUCGACAGUUGUAGCGCGUUGCAAUAAGUACGCCUUCGUUCAUAACUACCUGCCAUACACUGAGAGCCCUGUUACAGCACAGCCUCCCUUUUGUCGAACUAUGCAACGGUUGAAGUUGUGCCUGUAAAGCAUCAUCGUAUCUUGAAAAUGUGAUUAGGAAUUAGCCUGAGACGGUGUCAAAGUAAUUAUCUUUUCAUUUAAAGUGCCUUACGGUUGUUUGUGUUACCCUGGUGAUGUAAGAGGAGUAAUUGUUGAUGCUUAUACUGGUGUUUGGUGCUUCAUAGACUUACUGAAGAGUGCCAAGGUCCAUUAGAAAGUAGUAGGAUAGGACCUUUUGUCAUUAUGAGACAACACUAUAAUGUCUCCAGAACCACAAGAAAGAGUUUGUCAUUGUGGAAGCCCAAAGUGUUCAAUAUUAAAUAAGAUAUUAUGGAAAAAAAAAAUCACAAAUACAGAGUAAAAUACACUAUAUAAAUAAUCUAAUAAAUUCUGAAUCAAUCAGUUAUAACACUCCUUCACUACUGUUAUUUUUUACUUAAAUAGUUUUUUCACUGUUUAUUUUCCCUAAUUAGCUGCACGCAGCCUUAACGACGACUACAGUAUUUAGUCAGCCAGCUUGUGUUUCCUAGAGCAACCAAAGUAAAUCUGAAACAAAUACCUAGCUUCUGCAGAAACUAACCAGCAGAACAUCUGUUGUUUUGUUAAACCACUUGAAAUGCAGAAGCCAUGUGAUGGAAGGAAAAAAAAAAAAGAUAUAACGAAACAGCAUUUCGUAGGAAUGUGUUGAGGGUCUUUCCACCGAGAUGUCGCCCCGGCUGUUGGAUAGAUUGCCAUGAAAUUCUGAGAGCAUGUGGUGCCAAAAGGUUUUAGAGAUACCCUGGACAUUAAAGUUAAGGUCAGGAUCAAAUGUAGGAUCAAAUUAACUUCUCUCAGGCUCCACCAUCAGGUCAUAGUUUCAGUGCCUCCAAUACUUUGGAUUAUGGAAAAAGUAGUAAUUAGCACACUUUAGCAUACUAGCAGCUCUCGGUGUUAUCACUGUUAGCAUGCUAGCUUUAGGAUUUCUCUUAGUCCACGGCUUUACUCGAGUGCAUCCACACAGAACCACUGUCACGUGUGCAGACACAUUGUCUUAUUUUCUUUCCUAAUUUAUUUAUUCAUCAUAUUUAUUUUACAUCAUUGCCUGUAUUUAUUUAGUAUUGAACACUUUGGAAGUCUGUAUGUUGUAGCUGUGCAUUUUAUUUUAUCUCUAUACCGAAGGCAGUGUUUCCAAAGUCGUACUGGAUAUGUAGAAUGCCUUUUGAGACUAGUGUGAAUGUAGUUCACAGUUGUAACUGCCAAAAUGUGUGCCAAAAUUAAAGACACAGUGUGUUUAUAUGGAUAUAUAAAUAGCAAUAUUUAGACUGUUCAGCUGAAGCACCUUUCUCUGUGGUGUUUCUCCUCCGUGUAGUUGCAAGCAAUACGUAGAGCAUGAUGGCAAUCAGGCUGUCAGUGAAAUGCAAACAAGUACGUUCUGAAGGUUCAUUCUUGUUUGUGGAGAGAGUAAUCAGAAAGAAAAAACAUUACUCAACAAUUUGCCUAAUAAUGGCUUUUUCCUGUGUUUUCUUCUGCAUCUCGUAUUGUUUUUCCACUCACUGAUAAAGACCAAGAGAUGCUCUAGAAAUCACAUGAAAAAGCUGGUAAAUGAUAUUUUAUUUUUGUUUGUUUUUUUUGUCAGUGUUGAGGCUUCAGUGGACUGCAGCUUGUCCCUUGUGGAGGAACCAUUGUCUGCACCACUGAUCUUUGACUGAACCCAGAACAGAUAAAUCAAACAACCCUGAAAUGUGACUGUUUAGUGAUUAGCAUUAUACGUGGUGGUGGUAGCACUUAAUGUUGAAGCCAUCACUCCUACUGAUUUCUUAUAAUGACUUUGUAAAUUAUUAUGGCACAUUAUGGGUAAACCACUAAUUGAGAACCGUGUUAGCUCAAUUUACGUCUAAUUCUCAUUCCUGUGGUUCACACAAACACAAAACUGCUGAUGUUGCUACUGUUCUUAUUGUUACAGUUUUUUAACAGAUGAAUGUAGCAAUAGUUACUGUACCCACUGGUUUAAGAUUAGUGAACUCAAACUCAUUGGUACUCAAUGUGGAAACUAUCUUGUGAGAAAUAUUAAAAGUUUUAUUUGAAUGUU